AUGGCCGGCAGCGAGCGCUUCGACGGCCCCGGCGUCGGCGUGGGCGGCGGUGUGGCGGCGCCGCCCCCCGGCGUGGCGGGCGCGCCGGUGCGGCCGCUCGUCGACCCGGAGGCGCUGGGGCCCGUCGACCCCGAGAAGUACCCGCAGCCCAAGGACGCGACGCACAAGAUCCGCGGCCGCUCCGACAUCAUCGAGGUGCUGUGCGGCUCGGUCGACCAGGAGCUGCUCACCGUCAAGACCUUCUACUUCUUCUUCUACUCGGCGUUCGGCUCGCUCUUCCCGCUGAUGGGCGUCUACUUCAAGCAGAUGGGCAUGAACCCCACGCAGUGCGGCCUGCUGAUCGGCUCGCGGCCCUUCGUCGAGUUCCUGUCGGCGCCGUUCUGGGGCAGCCUGGCCGACAGGUGGCAGAAGGGCAAGAUGCUGCUGCUGGCGUCGCUGUCGGCGUGGAUCGUGUUCACGCUGCCGCUGGGCUUCAUCCAGCCGGCGCCCACCUCCUGCCUGGUGCAGCACAACGACACCAUCUACGAGCUGCGCGUCCCCUCCGUGCGGCCAGUCCUCAAGAGGGAGGCCCCGCCGGAGCUCUACGCCCAGGUGGAGAGGGCGCUGCUGGAGGCGGAGCCGCGGACUCGGCACGUGCGCUCCCCGACGCCGCUGCGGCACGUGUAUCCCGGGCAGUCGCCGCUCGAGGUGAAGUACGCCAACAACUACGACGAGGCGCACCACUCCAGCUGGGUGUCGCCGCUCUUCAGCUCCAUUGUCUACCGCACGCAGGACAUAGAGAAGGCGUUCUUCCUGCUGCUGUUGCUGGUGCUGAUCGGGGAGUUCUUCAGCGCGCCGGCCAUCACGCUGGCCGACUCCGCGGUGAUCACGCUGCUGGGCGAGGACGCCGACCGCUACGGCUACCAGCGCAUGUUCGGCUCGCUGGGCUGGGGGCUCGCCAUGUUCUUCGUGGGCAUCGCUCUCGACCACUCGACCGCCUUCCCGGACCACCCGUGCGGUCCGGACGCGCACGAGAAGAACUACACCAUCUGCUUCGCCACGUUCUCCGUGCUGAUGGGCUGCGCCUUGAUCACCGCUACGCAGAUCAACUUUCGGUACGACUUCCCGCCGGAGCCGGAGGUGGAGCCGGUGGUGACGGAGAAGGUGGUGCUGCCGUCGCACGACGACGCGAUGCUGGCGCAGCAGCUGAACCUGCCGCAGCUGGCGCAGCCAACGCCGCAGCCCAUCAACAUGCCGCCCCAGGAGAACAAGGCGCCGCUCGUCGGCAAGACAAAAAUGUUCGCCCAGACGACGCGCGAGAUCCCAGAGUGGGUGACAGUGUUCAAGCAGUUUGGAAACCUCAAGUGCGGAUCGUUCCUCUUCGUAUCAUGGUUUAUGGGGUUUGGAAUCGGACUUAUUUUCACCUUCCUUUUUUGGCAUCUUCAGGAUUAUGGUGGAACUCCAACAUUGUUCGGUGUUGCAUCAGUUAUAAACCAUAUAUCCGAGAUCUUCGCCUACUUCUUCAGUUUUCGACUGAUAAAGCAAAUUGGACACGUUAAGGUACUGUGCCUGGGCCUAGUUGGAAAUAUUCUGCGCUUUCUUUACAUUUCUUGGCUGACAACUCCCUGGUGGGUUUUACCGUUUGAAUUCAUGCAGGGCAUCACGCACGCUGCGGUGUGGGCGGCGUGCUGCUCGUACAUCGCGCACAACACGCCGCAGGAGCUGCGCAGCUCCGCCCAGGGCGUGCUGCAGGGCAUCCACCACGGGCUGGGCCGCGGCUGCGGCGCCGUCAUCGGCGGCAUCUUCGUCAACUACUUCGGUACUCGUGCAACUUUCCGUGGUUAUGGAAUUAUUUGCAUCUUCGUGCUUGCUGCGUUCGUCUUUAUUAACUUCUAUCGCAAGGACUCUGGAUUUGUUUCUGAUCUGCCACCUACGGAAGAUCCACAUCAGGUGGCUGAAGAAACAGCACACUUGGCUCCUCAUGGGGUGCCCAGCAAUCCUAUUCCUCGUGCACUGUCCAGCACGCGACUGCAUGAGCUAGGUAAUUCCGACCAGGCUGGCUAUGGGGCAACAUAUCAAACAUCUGGUGGCAAUCUUGAUGUGCCUGGGCAGCCAUCUAUUGGAGGUGGAUCAACAAACCCAUUUUUGCAGAAUGGUGGGGGUGGAUACAGCUAUAGAAGUCAUAUUUUAAAUGACGGGCAGAACUCUGUUGAUGAAGAAGAAAUCAUUCGUAGAAAUUUUCAGCUGUACAGGGAAGUUCUGGCUCAGUACGAUGUACCAAAAGCCGCUCCCGUACUCACCAGACUCCACACACCGCAGCCUGGUCCGCAUCCAGAAAAUGAGACAUAUGAUUGGUGAUAAAAGUUCUGAUAAAACACCAUUUCAUCUGCUUGUCAAAUGCAUUUUAAGAGCUGCAAGAACUGAAGGUCAUUAUUUUAAUUUUGACAUAGGUAAGAAAUAAUACCUUCUCAGUUUAUAAAGAAUUCUACAAUGGUUUGUGUGUGAGUAACAGGUAUGCUAGCAAUCCAUUAUGUGAGAUCAUAAAAUUACUGCAUUGCAGUUGGGUGAAAACAUCUUCCAAUAUUUCAACAAAAACUUAAUGUUGAUGGUUUAUUGUACUGUUUCCUCAUUGAUGGCUCCGUCAUAACCAGCAUUAUUCUACUUGUGUUAAGGGAAGCAUCCCGUAUCAGUGAAAGCCAUUUUUUAAGAAAACAAGAAAAAUGAAGCAAAAUUAAUAAGAACAAAAAGUGUUUUAUGUUAGUAACAAAAAUUGUUGUAUAUGUAAAGAAAGUUUAUUAUACUAUAUUAGAAUAAGUUAAUAAAAUCCUACAAGGAAUAAAGUGGACGUAAGCAGCUGAAUACUAUUACUGAAUUUACUUUUGUAAAAAGUAAUUCAUGUACUAUUAAUAAGAAUGUUUGAAACAUUGUUUUUAAGCUCAGAUGCCAAAUAUUGGAGAAUGCUUCUGAAGAACACCAGUUUAAUAUAAAUAAAUACAAAGUGCAUAUUAUUAUUUACUUUAACUGAUGAAUUUCUAAAAAUUGUUGAAUGAUGUUUUAUAAUUACCAACUAACACAAUAUUUUUAUGCUAAUGAACUCUGUUAAGGACAUGAACUUCUUAAAUCGAAUGAUUCAGUAAGUCAGAAUUUGGAUUUGAUACAUAAUUCACAGUAUUUGUAACAGAAAUUUUUUUUGUUAAUCCAGUCACAAAUUUUCAUGACAAGUAUGCCUAUUUCAAUUAAGUAAAAUUAUAGUUGUAGUUUAUGCGAUACAUGUUAUAUUACUGUACAUAGUUACAGGUCUUAUGGUUUUAUAAUGUACCAUACCAUAGGUAUACAGACAUUAAAAUAUUAAAAUUUUGCCACACCAAAGUGAGGUAUGUACCAAAUCACACAAAUCAGUUUUUGAUACAUGGUUUGCAAAAUUCUAUGAUGGCUGUUCUCUUGAUCUAUUUAAAUCACAGUGAAUUGGCACACAGACUAAUGUAACUAAAAUAUAACAAUGUAUUAUAUGAAUUAAUGUAAGUAGUACUGAUGUAGGGAUCAACUGGUAGAAGAAAAAAUAACUAAUGGAUAAAUGGAUAAGUGUCAUCACUGGUAAAGAACUGUAGUCAAGCAUUUGGAGCAGUGUUAAAUGUGAGGAGCUUUUGCUGUUCAAGUGACAAUCUUUUGUCAGGUAGGCACAACUAUGUUCUGUAAUUAUAAAUGUUAAACAAAACUGUAGCUGGACCACUGUGCCCAAUGAAAAAUAUAUUUCAUGUGGAACACUGAUGUUAAUUGUACUGGUACUGAAUAGUAGAAAGAUCCUCUGGGAAUGUAUGGGUAUGUACAUAUAGUUAUGUGUUUAGAAAAAAGUUACUGUAUGUGGGAUGCUGUUAAUAUAAUUAUUUUAUCCAAUACAUGUACAAAUUUAUUGCUCUAUCUGUGUUAUUUGACCAACUCAAUCACUUAUAUGUACAGUUAGGAAGUAGAAGGUGAUUAUUACAUGUUCAUCUACACCUCUUGUAUUUUGAGAUGAAAGCCUAAAUUGUCCUAAGUUGUCCACGUACACUACAUAAUUUUAAUUUUAAGAGAGAAGUUGGAGAAUUGUUACUGGAGUGUGAUUGUUUGCAGGGCCUUCUUCUUGAUAAAAAACUGAAACAUAUUUUUAGAGGAAAAUAUGUUUUUCUCCAAAAUCUUUUGUCUAGUUUAGUAAACCUUCUGCAUUCAAAUAAGAUAAUUUUUAUUCUUAAUCAACAGCUAAAAGAUGAAAUCUGUGAUCAAAUUGCAUCAAUGUUGCUACCUGAUCUCCAUACAAAGACGUCAAGGAACUACAACUUGUUUAGGAAAAGAAAUUUUGGGUGGAAGUAAGGUACACGCAAUAGUGACACAAAAUCUUUAGCUAUUUCGGGUUGCUGUUCCAUGGUCAUUGAACUUUAGUCAAGGUAUAUUUUUUUCAGUAUUUUUGAAAAAUAUAACAAAAGUUCUUAAACUGACUCCAUAGGUUUUCAGCUAUAUUAAAUAAAAUGCAGGGAUGUAGUUUGGAUGUUCAUUUAAUUUCUGUGUGUCGUGUUGGAUUUAUGUUUAAUACAAACUGAGAAAAAAAUUAAAAUUAACACAAA